AGUCAAAUGGGUCAAAUCUAGGGGGACCAAGACAAAGAGCAGAAGCUUUGGCUGCCUUAAAUUCAGCAUUUAGUUCAUCGUCUGGGAAAACGUCCAGUAUGGCUCAGGAUAGAUUAAAUGGGUUAAACCAAGGAGGACCAAGACAAAGAGCCGAAGCUUUAGCUGCUUUAAACUCUGCAUUUAAUUCAUCAUCUGGGGCAAAGACGACUUCUCCUAUGUCAUCUGGAAAAAGUCAAGGAUCACAAAGAGCAGCAGCGGUUGCUGCUCUUUCAUCAGUUCUUACCGCUGAAAAGGGGAAAGAUUCACCUGAUGCUUCGCCUUUGGCAACCAGCAGUCCUUUAGAAGAAAGUAGCUUUACUGAAGCUAAAAGUGAAAGUGCCUAUUCUGAAAUGGAAGAAGCUGCAGAAGCCAAGGAAACACAGGAACUUGCCCCUGAAAGUGGUAGCAAUGGGGAUUUGGAACCGAAACAAGAAAAUGUGGAGGAUGGAAAUGAUAGUCAAAGGACUUUCAGUUAUGAUCAAUUAAAGACUAAAUCUGGUAAAAAUGUGUCUGGCAUUGAUCCUAAACGGAGAGAGGCCUAUUUGUCGGAUGAAGAGUUCAAAACUGUAUUUGGAAUGGCAAAAGAAGCAUUCUAUAAAUUACCAAGAUGGAAGCAAGACAUGCUGAAAAAGAAAUUCGAAUUGUUCUAAGACUUGAUACAAUCAGUAACAUGUCUGCUUCUUUUAGCUACGCUUCCUUUCCUCAGUUAUCUUGAAAUGCACUUAUCGGUUGGUUGGAAAGUGUGGUUUUAUUGGUAUACCAUACAGCGUUGUGGUUUUGGCAUAUAAUGGACGCAGUUGUGGUUAGUGUCCAAGUUUGAAUGUGACACUGCAUAGAGAGUGCUUUUUAGUUUCUCCUUUUAAAUUGCUUCUGCAAUGUUUGCAUAUUAUAGAUUUGUAGCAAUGAAGACACUAGACAGUGGACAGGUCCAAUUCUUUCAUUUUGUCUACAUAUGUAUUCUAAUUACGUGGUUUUUUCCUUCUUGUUAUUGGUUAGAAAGGAGGGUGUAUAUGUAUUGUAUUGCAUUUUAUACUGAAUCCC